CUUGCUUCCAGGCUACUACUUGUGCUAACAAACCUUGUGCUUUUUUAGAGUUUGUUUUUCAAGGGAGACAAAAUCCAUGGAUGAGAUUUCCCGAGACCUCCGUAAUUAAACUUGGGACGGAGCUCAGCAGUAACUGAUGUGUUAAGAUGGCAAGGACAGCACUCCUUUUCUGUUUCUCCUUCUUUCUGGUCUUGACCAGUGUUGGUGCCAACAAGUCCCUGAAAAACAUUAAGUACCUGAAAAAACAUACAAACUUUGUCAAAGAAUUCCCACGACAUGGUCUCCUGCUCCUACACUGGUUCGCCAACGCUGUAGUUAUUGAUGAAAAUGGGGCGAUACAGCUUAGCUUUGAUCCAGGACAGGGCAGCUAUGGAUUACAUCUCUACAGAAAUAAGACGCCUGAUCAAAAUGUUAAAGGAAGAGCACCUUCUAGGUCUGAAAGUCGUUAUUACUCUUUGGGUGAUCUCAGCUGUGGAGGAGCUCGGAUGUUGCCAUUUUACGUAAUGCAGGACUUCCAUAAUUCAAAGGGAUCUCAAUAUGGAAAUAUAGACAGGGUUCUAAUCAAAGUCCAGAACAGCAGUCCACAAAGAGUCGAUAAAGUGUACAUAACUCAGAAAAGCCAAGGAACCGGCUUUGACCCAAGUCAGACCUAUGAGAUUAGCACUCAACUCCUGAUCCAAAUCCGAGCACUUCGGAAGAACAUUGCAUGCAAUGCAGAUGACCCUAGACUGGACUUUAGCCCAUGUGAAUUCUUGAAUCAUCAACAAAAGGUUGUAAAAGUAGAGAUGAUGUAUCCCAAGGCACCAGGUCUUGCCUGGUUUCUGACCCUGGCUGGUUACAACAUCGACCAAAGGUUUGAUACAUUUUCAACGCUCUUCUGCUCAACAAACAGCUCCAAUAGUAACUACUACCCACUUUCAACUGAAGACAAUGAAAGACAAUGUUUUGUGCAACACAGGAUGAAGCUAGAAUUGAAGUCCACAUCAAAAGGGUUUGCAAGGAUCACAUGGAGUGGAAUACCAGAAAGUAUCGCCAGGAUGGACAUAGAUGUAGGUCUUUAUGAAGAUGGUACCAAAGAGGAACCUUUGAAAGAGUAUCCACUGAAUGGAAGAACAUUUGGAUCCAUAGACACUACGGUUCCCCUAAACCCUGGCCUUCAGAUACAUCUACUACAGAGUGAAAAGACUUUGCACUACCUUCUUUUCAGCACCACACACUACACAAGCAUCUGGAAAGGCCCAGAGUUUGACGAAGCCAAUGGGGUUCUUCCAACUAGAGUCCGAGGCUACGAUGUGUGCCUGCAACUUUAUACCAAAGAUGGCUACGCAUGUGCUCGACUCUACAUUAAGAAGUCCUUCACCAAUUGGAGAAAUGUCUUCGACAACUCGUGGGUGGGAUUCUAUGCUAGUUCAUCAGAUGAUAAUGCCAAGUACAGCAAGUAUGAGUGGGUUGUAAACUUUGAGAAGAGGUCAGAAGAAGACUGCCCUUUGGAUUUUGACAUCUACGAGAGCGAGUCCAGUCUAGCUAUUGGUCCUGGAGUCCAGGCUCGACUCAUGCUGACAAACCAUAUUGCCAGCGAGAAAGCUCGUACUGUCCCCUGGGAGGAACGUUCAACCUUCAGACAGUAGCUAAGGACAAGUCAGUCUAUAUGCCUUUACCCUCAAAGUGACUAGAUACACCCUGAAUUUGUUUUAAUUCCUGUCCUGUCUUAAAAUCCUUGGUUGACCUGCUUCUCUUGCUUUACAUGUGUUACUUCCUUCAAGCUCAGGCCUGCUCCUGGACUAAAUGGUACACAUCAACAAUUUCCCCAUUUAAAAAUCUUUAGUCUAGACCAGUGGUCACCAAGCCAGGGUCCUGGAGAUCUACCUUCAUGCAGAGUUUAGUUCCAAUCUGCUUCCAACAUGCUGCACCUCCUCACCUACCACUGAUGCAUCUGAUCCAACCAAAGUCUUCCAAAGAAGUUAAUUUUGAGCAGGUGUGGGUUUAUCUGGGCUCUACAGGAAGGUAGAUCUCCAGAACCAGAGUUGUUGACCACUGGUCUAGGAUUUGCUAAUGGGAAACUGGAUGAUCCUUGGUCAUACAACUGUGUCAAUAACCUAUGCCAAGAAAGAUUAUUCCACACCAACUCACUGAGGGCCUGGCAGGUCUCUUCAUGGUUUUCCCUGAAACAUCUUUAUACAAUUUCAGAACUGUGCCCUGAAUAGUCUUUAGCUAUGAGGUUUUACAGCAGGUUCUUAUUCAUGGGAUAAAUAUGAAGUUUCAGUGCUUAAAAGAUGGCCGACUUGUGGAUUCUUGAGUGUUGCAACUGUCUAAAAGUUGGCGCAUCAGGAGAUUGAGAGUCCAAGAUAAAUAAAUAGACGACGUCAACAAAUUGUUACCAAUUAGUUAUUUUGUAUAAACUAGAAAAUGAACAUUAUGGUAAUUAGUUUGUAACCUUUAAACAGUAAUUAGUUUUACUUUUAAGCAACUACUUACUUCUGCAAAUAACUACAAAAUUAGCAUCUCAUUCCUAGGUUAGUAGUUUUUACUAUAGUGUUACCAAUUUUGUGAACUUAUUGCUACAUUUCACUCACUUAUUUAACAACUAGAAAAUGUCAUUGUUAGGUUAGUAUAAUUUACUAUAAUAUGACCACAAUCUCCGACUUAUUGCUGUGCUGUAAAGUGCUACCAUAGGAUUGAUCAUUAGUUAGGAAUAGGAAUAUAUGUAACCUACGUUUUAAAAAUUGACUGAAAAUGUAUUUGCAGAUGUAUUUUUGACUUCUUUUAAAAUAGGUUAUAUUUGUACCUGGUUUAAAAUGUUUAUGGAACAAUUAAACAGUUAACUUCAAUACUUAAAAGACAAUAUAAAACCUGCUGGGGCAAACUUUCAUAGCAAAAUAUGAACAUUUUCUACACAGUUUUGAAAUGCAGUACAUGCCCUGUGGUAUUACAAGCUGGUCAUUUUGUAACUGGCAUGUUUAAAAUAAGUUUCUCUUUAUACACUAAUCCAAACUUGGGGUUGUGCUUUAAAUGAAUGCUUAUUCUAACCAUUGCUUUCUGUGGCAGGGACAUGGUUAUAGGCUGGUUUUCUUGGCAGGAAUAAAACCAAAUAGAAAACAGCUGCCGGGCCAGCCACGCACGCACGCACGCACGCACGCGCUUGCUAGAAUGCUUUCCUCUGCAUACCUUGAAAACACUGCUGUUAUCCUUAUUGGCAAACACUGCAUCAUACGAGUCUUAGUGAUGAAGUUAUUCAAAGCACAGUGAAUCCUCAGCUGUCAUUUAUCAGCUAUUCUCUUUAGUCUUAAUUUAUAAAACUAGAUUAGGACUCUUUUUAUACCCAUCUCUUGCAUUGAUCACAGUUUGCUUAAAAUCUUGAUUACUAUAAUUAGCAGAUUUGGUACAGAGCUCAGGCCUUCCAGGAAAGGUCCAGAAAACUGAUCCCUUAUGUUGCAGAACAUUGACUUACAGGUCUCUGCAAGUCUAAUCUGUCCAGGACGUUUCACCUUUUUAACAAACAAGACAAGUCAGGUAGACUGUUCUGGUAGGCCUUUCACACCAUGUCAUUUUUAGCCACAGUAUUAAUAUUUUAGAUGAUGGGUUGGCUGAAUGACCGCAUGCUAAUGUGCUAGCCAAUAUGCUGAUGAGCUGUAAUUUAAUUAUGGCAACUUUCAGAAAUCAGAUCAAGCUUGUUCUUGGUACCAUUUCAGUCUAAUAGAGCCCAAAAAAUUCCUGCCAGAGUGGCUGAAACACCUCAACUUGCUUGGUGCCCAGAUUUGUAUAUUAGCUGGAAUUGCUUCUUUUUACCUUUUUCUUCUUCAUUUAUUUUAGACAUGCAAUUUAUAUAACAUUUAGAAAGUUGUAUCAUAAUGCUUGUAGCAAACAAAAUCAGUCAAUAAAAUGUAAUUUAUAUUGCA